AUGGAAAAUAUAGAAAAAGCGAUGCAAAAGGUUGAAGAGGAAAUAAAGAAGAUGAAGGAGGUGAAGAGAAAGGAUGAAGAACAAGAGAGGAAACAAGAGGAGAAGAAAGAAAAGAAGAGUCAGGAUAAGGACAUGGAGAAAAAAAGGUGGGAAGAAUGGAACAGGGAAAUAAGAAAGAAAAACAUCAUUAUAACAGGAAUAAAUAUAAAGGAGGAGAUAAGAAAAGAAAUGGUGGAAGAAUGGCUUAAGAAGGAGUUAGGGAUAGAAACCAGGCUGAUAAAGAUUUGGAUAAUAAAAGGAAGAAGAGGAUUAGUAGGGGCGCAGUGCAGCAGCAGAGAAGAAAAGGAAAAGAUUAUGGAGAAUAAAAACAGACUAAAAGGAAUCAAAAUAUACAUAGAUCACGAUCUCACAUUCAAAGAAAGGAGGAACAGAGAAAUAGUAUGGAAAAAGGCACGAGAAUAUAAAGAUGAAGGAUUGACAGAGAAUAAGGAGGAUAAAUUAGAGUAUAUAAAGAGAUUUGAUAUAAUAGGAUUAGUAGAAACUUGGAUAAUAAAAGAGAAAGAAGAGUGGUUUAAAGAAAAGCUUAAAGAUUUUGAUAUAGAAUGCGUAGAAGCAAGAAAAGAUAAUAAGAAGGGAAGAGCGAAGGAAGGAAUAAUCUUAGGCAUAAGAAGAGGAUUAAUGGACGCACAAAGGAGAUUAAGAGCGACAGAAGAAGUAAUAGCAGUAGAAGUGAAAAAGAAGGAAAAAACCUACAGGAUAAUUGUCACAUACAUGAAUGAGAAGAAAAAGGAAAACUGGAAAGAAAUCAAGAAAGUUUUGGAAGACAAUGAGAGGACGAUAACUAUAAUUGGAGGAGAUUUCAAUGCGAGGAUAGGAGAAGAAGAAGGAUGGUUAGAGGAAGAAGAAACUUUCAACCUAAGAAGCGAAAUGGAGAAGGAAAGAAAUAGAAAAUCAAGGGAUGAAAUAGUUAACAAAGAAGGAGAAAAAAUGUUGGAGGAAAUAAGAAAUAAUGGAUUGUAUAUAGCAAACGGUAACAUGAAUGGAGACGAAGAAGGAGAAUUUACAUAUAUAGGCCCAAGAGGUAUGACAACGAUUGACUACCUGUUAACGAAUAUAAGCGGGAAAGAAAUUAUACAGCGCAUGAAAAUUGGAGAAAAAAUAGAGUCAGAUCAUAUGCCAAUAGAAGUAACAUGGAAGAAAAAAACAGAAGAGAGGAGAAUGGAGAUAAGGAAAGAAAUAACGGAUUGGACACAGGAAGGAAUCAGAAAAUAUCAAGAAAACCUAAAGGAAGAAGAAAUAGUUAGGGCAAAAAACUGGAAAGAACUAAAAGAAAUAAUAAGGAAAGCUAUACCAAAAAAGACAAUCGAAGAAAAACUCUGCAAGAAGGAAGGAAAAGGGCAGAAGAGAUUUUAUGAAGCAAGAAAAGAAUACAAGAAACUACUGAAGGAGAAGCUAGAAAAGGAAGGAGAAAAAAUUAUAGAAGAAAUGAGAAGGGAUAAAACGGAGAAGAAGUUUUGGGAAAUCGUAAAUCAAAAUAGGAAAAGAAGAGAAGGAAUAGACGAAAACAUAAGAAGAGAAGAUUGGAUAAAACACUUUACAAAACAGUUAGGAGGAACAGAAAGAGAUAUAGGUGAGGAGGGAGAGAGAACUGAGGAGAUGACCAAUGAGGAACUGGAAAAAGGCGGAAGCAGAGGAGCGGAUUGCAGGAUAACAGAAGAGAUUACAGAAGAGGAAAUUGAAGUGACAAUAAGGAAGCUAAAAAAGAAGAAGGCAGUAGGGCCAGACGGAAUAGGUAACGAGGCAUGGAUCUACGGAAUUGAAAAGAUAAGAGGAAAGAUGAAGGAAAUUUUAAAUAAAAUGUGGAAUGGAGGAAAGUUAACAAAAGAAUGGAAGGAAGACAUGAAAGGAGCAUUUGACAGACUAAAAAGGGAAGAAAUUUGGAACAUGCUGGAGAAAAUAGGUAUAGGAGAAAAUAUAACGGAAAGAAUAAGGGACAUAUAUACAGGAACAAAGAGCACAAUAAAGAUAAAGGAGAAAAGAGUAGGAUCAAUGGAACUGAAGAAAGGAGUCAGACAAGGAUGCCUCCUCAGCCCGACCUUGUUCAAUGUGAGCCUUGCGGAUUUGGAAGAGGAGAUGAAAAAAGUACAAGAAGGAGGCGUAGUAUUAGGGAGAAAGAAAAUUUACUCACUGUCAUAUGCAGACGAUGUUGCACUAAUGUCCACUACACCAGAAGGGCUAAAAGAGAUGAUAGAGAGAUUGGGAAAGUAUUUGGAAAAAAAAGGCUUGGAAUUGAAUACGGAAAAGUCAAAGAUAAUGGUGUUCAGAAAAGGACAAGGAAGGAGAACCAGAUUAGAAUUCAAAUGGAAAGAGGAAGUAAUAGAAGAAGUGAAAGAAUUUACAUAUCUGGGAUACAUAAUGAAGGGCAACAACAGUGAUGAAGGACAAAUUAAGAAGCUAGAAGGAAAAAGAGCAUUAAAAUAUGAAGAAAAGUUGGAAAAACAAGAAAGAAACACGAUCCUGGGAGAAUGCUGGAAAAUACAAGAAAGAAGAAGAGAAGAAAAAAGCCAAGAAGACAAGAGAGAAUUCUUGAAGAAAAGAGGAUGGUCAAUAGAAAAGUAUUGGGAAAAUAAAGGUAGGAAAGAGUCAGUGUGGCAAAGAUUGGAGGAGAAAGGCAGGGAAAUACAGACAAAUUAUUAG